CGACCUUUUUUUUUGCUUUUUACGCUGCUCGCGGAAUGAACUCGGCCGGCUGGGUCGUGGAUGACAACGACGAAGCAGUGUUCAUCGACAUAUCACCGAACGAGGGCGAAGAAAACUUAGAAGGCGAGGCGGGGUCGAAAUGGCCGCACCUUCCCGAUUUGCUUUUGGAGCAGAUUUUCUCGUAUCUCAGCCUCAGGGAGCGUUAUUACGCGAGCCUGGUGUGCGUAAACUGGAACCGGGCUUUUUACCUACCGUACGUCUGGAAAGAGUUCGUAUUCACCGAUACUACACUCACCAGAGCCAAAUACAACUACUAUUUAGGUUGGCAGUACGUGCUGGACCACCUCAAGACAUCACUUUGUCUUUCGACCAUCGGCAAAAACAUCAGAACUCUGAUACUGAAACCGAUGUACAAUUUCACCAACGUAUACGAGUUUAUGAACAUAGUCGCGUGGUUCAUCGAACAAUCCGCCAACGAGUCCAUCAACAAAGAGAUCGGCGACAUCGGCAACAACAUAACUCACUUGAAGUUCGUUUUCCCGUGCGAUAUGACGGAACGGGGAGACACGGAGCGUAUGCAAUUGUUCGGCACCGGUGGCAAACUGCUGGGCGGCCUCAAAAAACUGAUGGGCAAACUCGAAGACCUGCACAAGCUCGAGCUCGUCGACCUGAUGCUCGAGGCGAACGAGGCUAAAUUUUUACUCGACGGAGUCUGCGAUACGUGUCACCUAACCUUGCGCACUUUGAGGCUCGUCAACGCCACCAAAUUGCACUAUGAAAUCUUACACGCCGGCGUAUUCUUGAAUUUAUAUGAGCUGCACAUAAGUCCUCAAAAUUUGGGCGAAGAUCUGGUCCAGCUGCUCGGCCAAACGAAACUCAAGCACCUGCACAUUUUGCAAAACACUUAUACGAUGGACGACGUGUUCGUGCCUGCAGUGGCGGCGGCCGCGUGGAAAGCGAUGCGCAAAAUCAACCAGAAAUUGAACGUUCACUUGGCGGUCGAGAGCAAAAGGCCGAAACGACUCGUAUGGCAAGAGGGCGCUCCGGUCAGAAGCGUUUUAUACGAUUCGUCUCAUAUCGGGAUGUCGACGGAGAUUUUGGUAAAACUCAUCGAUUACUACAAGUCCGAUCUGAGAAUUUACGGGCACCUCAGCAUACCGAGGUUCCACAUGCCCAAAUCGUUUUUCGAUAGGAAUGAUGGCAAUUUGCUGCUGUUAGUCAGACAGUGCAGCUACCUGUCGACUUUGAUCGUCACGGAAAAAGUGUCCACCGGUACGGUCCUGCUCGUAGCGUGCGCGGGGCGCAACCUGAAACGACUGCACGUGCGCGGCAACGGCACCAUCUUGAAAUGCGAGUGGACUCGCAAUCCCGACUGGUCGGACGAAUUCUACGCGUGGCUCAAAUCGACCAGCAAGAGUUACGACGCGGUCGAGAAGGAAAUCUCCCAGAUUUUAGGUUACCGAUGGCGUUUCCUCAGCGACAAGGAGUUCAAACGAUUGAAAUGCGACGUGCACGAUUAUUAA